AUGUCCUUCUCGUUUAAAACUCCUUCAUCAUCAUCAUCGGGACUGUUUCCAAGUGGCACCUCGUCGACCACCAAUGCAAACCCCUCUCUCGGAUUUACAUUUGGUAAUACUACCACUACAUCAUCAUCAUCAUCAACUGGUGCUUUUGGGUUUGGAUCUAGUAGCAGCUCUCUGUUCGGAUCACCUUUUGGAUCAACAUCUUCUUCCUCCUCAACAACAAUAGGAUUUGGACCAACACCCACUUCCUCUUCAUUAUUCGGAUCGUCGUCAUCAUCAUUUUCAUUUGGAUCCUCUUCUGGUAGAGGAAGAGCAAAGAAGAGCUCCACUCCUUCGAGAAGAAAUAAGAGGAAAAAAGAAGAGAGUAAUACUUCAUGGAAAGGACUUACACAAAAGUGGCAUACCUUGCAAUUGAGUGGAAAUGGAGAUAAUGCUUCAAAAGACAACAUGUCAAUUGCUGAUAAUAACACUUCUUUGGCACAUGAAAUGAUCACUAUUGUGUGUAAAAAAGAAAAGAAUGAUCUUGGAGUAUUCAUGGAUCAUUCUGAAGAUCGAAUUUUUACAAUGGAUAGAGACAUAUUAUGCACAAGCUCUAAAGUGUUGAAACGAAUAUUAGAUUCAUACACAAAGAAAGAAAAUGGAAAAGUUAGUGAUGCACUUUCAUUACAAACAACUUCAGAUGAAACCACUCCAACAGCAGCAUCUUUGGAGUCUUCCUCUUCAACACCUAUCCCAACAUUAGAUUUUUUACACGUUUCAAGUAACGGUGACAGCUCUACUCCCCAACUUGAGUUUCUUUUACCACCAAAUAUUGUACUAUUUUUGUUAAUGACAAUGAGCGAUAUUGUGCUUCCAAGUGACAUGGAAAAUAAUGAUUUUAAAAUUUUACUUAAGGUAGCAGUAAGAUUGGAGUGUAAUUCUAUCAUUCAAAACAGAAUUAUUAGCGCCACUCCUUGCAAUGCAGCCUCAUACGACAUUUGGCAAUUCAUUUACAACAAGCAACAAGAAUUAGAUCCAUCCAUUGAUUAUUCAACAAUUUAUACUUCUCUGUGCAGUGAAAUGCUUGGUGUGUUAACUUGUAUAAUUUCAUACAAAAUUUACCAAGAUUGGAGCGAAGAAUUCUUUUUCGUAAUACUUCCCUACAUUUUAAAAGGAACUGACGAGCUUCAGGCAUACACCACCAUCAAAUUAAUAUGCGAAUGGAUUGAACAUCAAACUGGCUUUCUUGUUUCUCAGCUCAAUACUGGUACAGAGAAUACCGACACUCCACAUCAACAAAGCGAAACAAGCUCCACUAUCGUGACCGAUUCCACACCAACAGAUCCCGUCUCUGAGAAUAACAAAACAGUUGAGCACAGCGAGGAAAAAGUCACAAAACUCAGAAAGUAUCUUUAUGAAUUGGUCAACCUCGAUUCCAAAGAAGAAACAACCAUCUUUAGAAUACCCACUAGCUUCAGCACAUUCUUUCUCAAAAUUACUGAUCCAGAAAUUGUCUCUGAUAAGUUACUUUUCAAGUUUUACAAAUUUCUGUUCACUGCCAAUGAAUAA